AUGGAACUUCGCGCCCUUUUUUUCGCCCUCCUCGCGGCGCAGCCUACGGUGUGGGCAAAGCAGAUCUUCACGAAUCGGGGCACUUUGGAUGGCUGGGGCGGUAAACAAACCGAGCACAAGGGCGAGAUCAAAGAAGUCAGCGAUGUCUUUUACGACCAGCCUCCGGCGCUGGUCAUGACGCAGACGUACGACAAGUCCUACACGGGCCGGUACCACUCCGAGGUCCGCGUUUUGAAUGCCUACAAGCACGGCGACACGCGCUUUUACGGCUUUGCCUUCCGCCUCCCGCCCGACUGGCAGUUUGAACCAGCGCAGAGCUACGACCUGGCCCAAUUCAUCGCGCCGUUCGACCAGUGCGACUCGUACAUGCCCAGUACCAUGUUCUGGGCCGAAGGCACAAAGCUCUUCACCCGCCUGAAAACCGGGAGCGUCUGCAAUCAGAAGACCACGAAACUGCCGCUGAACGUGACGCUUACUGCCGGCGAAUGGCACAAGGUGAUCAUCGAGGCACGCUGGGCGAGCGACUCCACGGGGUACUUCCGACUGUCGUAUGACGGGGAGCAGGUUGUUGACGUGCAGAACGUCGCUACCACCGUCUCCGAAGACGUCCCGUUCCAGUUCCGUGUCGGCCUGUAUGCCAAUGGUUGGCACGACGACAAUGGGAUGAAGGGCACUCAAGGAUUCCGCCAGGUGUUUUAUGACAAGAUUGCAAUCGCCACGACCGAGAAAGAGGCAGACCCCGACUCGUGGUAA